ACGCAGAUUAUCGUAAGAUUCAUCGUCAGUUUUCCCCGGUUCCAGCAGCAGCAGAAUAAAUUCCCGAAUCCUUACUUUCCCUUGUAUUAUUUGCAGGCCGACAAGAUCAGGUGAAAAGCCGCAUAAUCAUGACGACGGACUACGCCAAGCAGUUUAUGCUACUUCUGAUGAACGAAAAAUGUUACGACAAUUACUUCGUAGACUUUGACUUCUUCGAUGCGGACUGCUUCAAAGCUCUCCUGAGCAAGGGUUUGGGAUUGGGAAUUAUUGCCGGUUCGGUGCUGGUUAAAGUUCCUCAGAUUACCAAAAUUCUGGCCAACAAAUCGGCCCAGGGAAUCAACCUCUUCAGUGUUUGUCUGGAUCUGUUCGCAAUUACGAUCCACAUGGCAUAUAGCUAUGUGAGUGGAUUCCCGUUCAGUGCCUGGGGAGACACCUCGUUCUUGGCCCUUCAAACGGCAAUUAUUGCCUUAUUAGUGUUGCACUUUGGUGGAGCUCCGCUUAAAGCUGUGGCAUUCGGCACCGUAUAUUCAGCUGUGACGUAUGUUCUGAUGGGAGGGUUUACGCCUCUGAACUAUCUUCUGAUUGCUCAAGGAUUCAACGUUCCUAUUCUGCUGCUGGGAAAACUGUCGCAAGCGUUUACAAAUUACAAGAACGGAGGCACUGGUCAGCUGUCGGCAGUGACAUGCUUCAUGCUUAUGGCGGGAUCGUUGGCACGAAUCUUCACUUCGAUCCAGGAAACUGGUGAUCAGAUGAUGGUCAUAACCUAUGGGUGCUCAUCGUUCGCCAAUGCUGUCAUUGUGAGCCAACUGCUGUACUACUGGAACUCAGAUAAGAAGAAGAAAUCCACCGGUAGAACUACCCCAAAGAAAGCUACAAAGGCCAAAGCAAAGAAAACGGAAUAAGCGCCUCGGAAUGCAAAGCAUCACAUCUAAAAGACAAAACUAUUCCGUUUAAGUAGAAGUACAAAAUCGAAUGCUCCAACAUUGUAGGUAUUUCGGGACAAGCAGAAUUUUAGGUUCGUUUAACUGUGCUAAGAUGUUCGAUUUUUUGGUUCCACAUUUAGAUGUUGGUAACUGCAUUUCUCCGUAGUCAGCCCAGUAAAUUUUAUUACGCAAAAAGUGAAGAAGAAAUCUGCUAAUGUUCUCAUGACUAUAGAAACAAAAAAGUAUACCGUAAUUAAGCUCGGUAAAU